AUGAAACAAGAAGUGACAAUCAAUUCUACCGCAGCUGUGACUCCCUUGACCCAAACAUAACAAAUCUCAGACAAAAUUAGGAAAUAUAAUUGCCUUUGGAAGCAAGAAGUUACUCUAAGUGAUUGUGAAGAAUAGCGUACUUAACCACGUUCUGAUGAUGAAAGAGAAUACAACUCUUAAAUAAAUCUGGAAAGAACUUUCAAAAUCACAGAAGCAGUAAUACCAACAUAUUAUGAAAUUUUGUAUUAUUCAUAGUACAAUGUAAAGAAAGUAGUCUAACUCUAAACACCAUAACAUUUAUACGAUCACUUCUUCCCAACUUCUCUCAUUGUCACUUUAACUGAGCUAGUUAAUCAAUAUUUAUUUUCAAUUCUAGAAGAAGACUUAAAACAAUAGCCUUCUAAAAUUGCAUCUCAAUACAAUAAAAAGAAAUAUAAAGAAACAGAAAUCCAACUGUACUUUGGACUCCAAAUAUUAUUCGGUAUUUUUAGAUUUCCGUAUAUUGAUGAUUAUUGGAAUGCAGAACCUUGGCUAAGAUGCGGGAUUGAACACAUGAUGCCAAUUGGCAGAUUUAAAUUCCUAGACACUCACUUAUUUAUGUAUCUUAACGAAAAAGCUAAAUCUAAAUUGUAAAAUGAAGUACUAUAGCUCCAGAAAUCAGUAAAAUCCAUUUGCUAACCAGAGUAAGAUUUGAUUCUUAUUGAGUAAAUUUAUAAGGCGUAUACAGCAUACUAUCUCUUUGAUUUCACACGACUAAUCAUUAUAGAUUUGAUAGUAGUUUCUCAUAGGAUUCAAUAAGAGGAUAGGAUUAAUCGACUCAUGAGAAUGCUCUUUAAAUACUCUAAUCACAAUCAUAUAUUAUACGUGAUGUUUGAAUUGAGCUUGGAAAGAAUCAUACAAUUAACUGAUUAAGAGAUCUACCCUGUCAUUGCUUAUCAAAAAACAUUACACCAAACAAUUUAAAACCUAUUGCCAGGUGAAUAUUAAAUAGAAUAAUUAUAUUUAAUCAAAAAUCAAUACUAAGUACAUUUAUUUCCUUAAAAACAAUCAAUCUCAAAUCAAAGUUAUCUUAAGGUCUAUAAGGAUGUUUAAUAACAAUACUACGAACACUCAAUCUUGAAUUUAUUACAAUAUAGAAGCAAUUUUUAUCUAUGCUCUUAAUUAAACAGUGCUGAAGGAUUUAAUUAGUUAAGAAUAGAAUUUGAAGAAUACUUUGAAGUUAUGAUUUAUAACACUUCAUUAUUGAUUGAAGACAUUCUAUAAUCCAACUUUAGAUUAAGUUUAGCUAAAAUCUUUACACUAGAGAAAGCGUAACAAAUAGAAAGUAAUUUACAGAAAGCGAAAAAAAAAAUGAAUUCUACAUUUUAAGAAAGUACUACCAAUACACUACCAUUAGAGUUUGGCCUAAGCUAAUAAUACUCUGAAUCAUAUCAUACUCCAAUCCCUUAAAAAUAAGAGGAAUCAUUUAAAUAUUGUGUUGUUUGUAUGAAAUUCAAUUAAUUAACAAAACCUUUUUAUAGAUGUAGACUAUGUGAAAAACUAUUCAACGAAAAUAAAUUAUUUAUUUGUGCGUUUCCAUGCUUUGAAUUAUUUCAUCGCAAUCCCAGCUAAUUUAUUGAAUGUGAUAACAAAAUAUUAGAAUAAUUAAGCGAUGGUGUGUAUUUUUCAAAUGACUUCAAUUCAUAAAAUCUGUAUCAUUCUUAGGAUGAUGAAUAUGUUUAAAAGAGGAAGAAAUAAGAAAAAUAGAACCUUAGCAAUUAUUCAUCCUAUAAUAAGGAAAUCUAUAGAUAGUCUAAUUUGGAGGAUUUCUCAAAUUAUGAGAUUUAAGAAUUAUCCAGGAAAUAUCAAUCUAUGAUUCCUUCUCCUAAUUUACUUCAACCAAUAAUUACUAAGGAUUAAUUUGUGUAACAAUAAACUAUUCUUGGACAUAGAAAUGAUUUGAAUGAAAUAGAAAAUAGGUUAGAUGAAUAAAAAAAAAAGUUUAAAAUAUAAUUAAUUAAAUAUCUAAAUAGAUAGAGCCAAUAAAUAUCAAAUAAGUAAUCCGUAUUUGAUAUGGAAGAAAGGAAAAAAAACAAAAAAAUUCAAAAACAAAUAUAGAAGAACAAAUAGUUAGAAUUAAAUGUUAAGACAAUAAGUCCUUUAGAGAAGUUUAUGGAAAAUCUUAAUAAAUAACCCAAAUUAGAAGAUUAAGAAUAAUGA